AUGUCAUUUUCUGUAUCACAGCACAAUUUUUUGGGAAUCUCGAGCAACAAUCCAAUGACCACGACGUAUACAGGACAGUCCACUCUACCAUCGGUAUUUGCUUCGUCGCCAAUCGUGCCAUCACAGGUUCCUGCUGGAUUUAUUCCUUCAAAUACUUUUACAGCUACAGAAUUUACUUUAUUGACAACCCUAGUGCAAGGAUCAAGUGUGUCGUCUCUUGCAAACACAAUUACAAAAACAUUGCCAGUUUCAUUACUUGCAAGCCCGACUACUUUGGAUGGAGUUUCAGGAGUGGGGAUUUUCACGCCGUUGACUAUUACCUCUUUACCGUUACUAACGAGCAGUACAUGGGCAGCAGAUCAAACAUUCGUACCAACUCUGUCCGAUGCCGAUCCCAUGUCUUCAUUUAGUCCAACUAUAUCCGAGCUAUCCACUUUGUCAUUGACAGCUCCUACUUCUUUAAUAAGCUCCUUGUCGGCCGAAAGUCCUCCUUCAACAUCCUUGACUCUUGCACGAGUCGGUGGUGGUAUUAUAGGCGGUGUAGUUUUCUGUGCCUUGUUCUUUUUAUUUUUAAAACUAUUCAUUGUUUCCAAGCGGCCAAACAGAUCCAUUAUCGAUGAUAAUGUGGAGCUUGACGAUACAUUUAACCAAAACAAAGAAUCUUUGGAAUUUUACAAGCAGUCGACUAAUCCGGUGCAACGAAUUAAAUUUCUUUCAAAAAACCCAUUUGGGAGCCAAUCUAGUUCGCAUCUUUCAACUCAGAUUCCAUGUGCUACGCCUAGUCGUUCCACUCAGCUUCCCAUUGACUCCUAUGAUUUAAAACUUUCUCAAGACAAGGAACCUGAUUAUGCUCCGCCGUCUAAACUAUGGACAGUACCACAUUCAGAUGGCAUGGCUCAACAAUCGCUUGGUUCGAAAUCAGAAAAUGCUGGUCAGUCUCUAAACAUACCAUACUUUUCAAACUCCACCCCGUUUGCUGUUCCAGAAGCAAUCUAUACUCGAAAUGAUCACUCGUAUCUUGGGACUCGGCCACAACAAAAUUCGUAUGAUAACCCAUCUGGCUAUUACAAUCCGAUCGUCACAACUCAACCACCUCCUUUUUUCAAUUCGGAAGCUCUGCCUAAUUCUGUCAAUACACCUGCUUUUUCAAACAAUAGUCAAGUUUCCAACAUGCCAUAUCAAGGAUUCAAUGCCCCAACUGUAAAUUACAAGAAUGACAAUAAGCCGAUGUUUGAUGUUGCCCCGACCGAGAAACAGCUAGUCUCUGCAAAUAUCCCAGUAAACUCGCACAUAAAUGAACACAUGGAUGAAGCUAACCAGCCAUCUCAAUGGGGAGUUUCGCGAGUUGAUACCGAUUUCUCAAACACUGCUGGCCAUGGUGAUGACGCGACUGCAUUCAAUAAUAUCAACUGGGUAAUGGUGCGUCAUGCUAGCAUUUUUUCCAACAGUGGAUCAGAGUUCAACUCCAAAGCCGUAUCCAACGUGUACGAUACAACCAACAAUGCGUUUGCAAUGUAUCCCAAUCCUAUGCCAAAUGUAAAGCCCAACGAGGAUAAUGCAAAACUACCACGUGCAAAAAAAUCAGCCAAUAAUCCGAUAUCAUCGACCCUUUCUCAAGUGAUUGAACUGUACGAUGCAAAUGGCUUGGCCAAAAACGGUCAGCGAUCGAGUGUGCUUCAUAUGAAGGCAAUUUCACACUACGCAGCAGUUAUGGAAGACGAACUGGCAAUGGAAAAGGGCGACCUGGUUAAUAUCUAUCAGAUAUUCCCAGAUGGAUGGGGGUAUGGCGAAAAUCUAGAAAGCGGAGCUCGAGGCAUGUGUCCAAUGAACUUUUUGUCACCACCGCCCAACCCAACGAGCCAUGUCGUGGAUUCAACAUAA